GUAUAUAAAUAGGACAUGUUUAGCUGCACUUAAUUUAAAAACAUCUCGUGUGGAAGAGAUGAACAACCAGGAGUACUUAAUAAGCAAAGUAGUUACUUAAAGACAUAAUUCAAGAUGAUUGAAGGGUACGGGGCAGUGACCCAGGCCCUUUUGGGGACACUAUUGACGUGGGGGCUCACGGCAGCCGGCGCUUCUUUAGUAUUUUUUGUACGAGGAAAACAGAGAAAACUUCUAGAUGUUUCACUUGGUUUUGCCGCCGGUGUCAUGACUGCGGCAUCAUACUGGUCGCUCUUGGACCCAGCCAUAACACUUUGUGAGAAGCAAGGGAUAUAUGGCAAAUAUUCUUUCCUGCCAGUUGCUGCAGGGUUCCUACUUGGAGCUGUAUUUGUAUUUGGAACAGAUGUGUUCUUAGACUAUUUGGGGCUCAAUUCAGCAAACAUGAUGAUGUCCAUAACAAAAAGUAAAGAAGGAAAAGAGAAACUAGAAGACUUAGAAAUGAUGACGGCGCUGAACCGCCCGGCGGUGCCUACGAGCGUAGUCACGUUAGACCCGGUGCAGCCCAGUGACUUCGCUGACUGUAUCAACAGCCAGCACUCGGCGCAGCGGCGGCGGCACCACCACUCACAUCACUCGCUCUCAAAGCCAACUGAGAACGGCGAUGGCGACCGCCGCGACAGCCACCAGCGAUCGCUGGAAGCGCGACAAUCGCAGUGGAAACGCAUCAUGUUGCUAGUAGUCGCUAUCACCGUACACAACAUUCCUGAGGGGCUCGCUGUGGGCGUGUCCUUCGGAGCAGCGGCGGCCAGUGAUGACGUCGCUAACUCCUUCCAUGUCGCCAGGACACUAGCCCUGGGCAUUGGCAUCCAGAACUUCCCAGAGGGCUUGGCGGUUAGUUUGCCGCUGCAGGCCGCGGGAUUCUCCACAUGGAGGGCGUUUUGGUACGGCCAGCUGUCCGGCAUGGUGGAGCCUGUGUUCGGCGUGCUGGGCGCGGUGGCGGUGGCGGCGGCCGAGCCCGCGCUGCCCUACGCGCUGGCCUUCGCCGCCGGCGCCAUGAUAUACGUCGUCGCCGACGACAUCAUCCCUGAAGCCAACGCCUCAGGCAACGGCAAGCUGGCGACGUGGGGCUGCAUCGCGGGCUUCAUGGUGAUGAUGUGCCUGGACGUGGGGCUCGGCUAACGGCCCACCUCCGCGACUCCUCAACGCGACCACGGCUCGAGAUCACUGUAAAGCGCAAGACAAACUGAAACUUACAGCAAAAAGUAUGGAAUUGAUAUAUAUACAUUUUAUAUGUAGGUAUGAUCUGUCGUUGUUGGCAAUCAUUCGGCCUUGUUGAUAAGCGCGGGAACCGCCUAUGUAGGCCUACAACACCAGAGGUACUCGCGCGUUACCAACCCUUAUAUUAUAUCUCACCCUCGUUUAGCUUUCUCUCUGCCUGAAAUAUCAGAAACAGAAAAUCUUUGUUAAAUGUUAGUGAUAUGUGGCAUACGGUUACAUACCUAAUUUUUCUGCCCGCCGCAAUGAAAAGCGGACAUUAUCAGCGUACAUCACUAAACGAAUUUGUCUUUUUCCGGCUCCAUCAAAAAUAAUGUUAAUAAAUAAAAAAUCUGAGGCCACACACCUACCUACUUCCCGUUGAGAUAAAUAUCAGUAAUCUAAGACAUUUCUUACUUUACCUAGGACAGGUAUGUAAUAUACCUACUAUUUCAGCGUGCGUAGCCGAAUGCACAAACGCUCACGAAACGAAACGCUCGUAGAUAUCUAUCUCUAUCGCUCUUGCUUAUUGGCGCGACAGAGCCAGAUUACCUUUCGCGGCGUUUCGUUUUCGUUUCGCGUCGUGGAAAUGCCAUUCAGCUACGAGGCCAGUUUCUUUUGCGCUUUAUAAAUUCCUCCUGCUGACGCCCUUGGAUCCCAAUAUCUGUGUACCAAAUAAACUGGGCCUGUGAGUUGGUUUAUCUGGCCAUUGCUUUAUAAAUAUUAGUUCAAAUGUUAGUGAUACUUUUUUAUGGUAUUAUAAUCCUAUGCUCAUCUUCAGUUACAUCGUCAACACUUCACUGUCGCAUGUGUUCUCAUUUUUGCAACUAGGUUGUUCUUCACAUAGUAAUUUCAGAAAUUUCAGGAGUAACGAUAACUUGAAUUUAGUCGUAUUGCUCUGCAAUGGACAAUAACGGUCUGAAAAACAUGAUGAUCGUAAAUAAAACGUGCACUUUGUUUCAUUUUGAAUUGGAUAUACUUAAUUAAAUAUAUCUUAUUAGAUGUAGAUUCAGAAAGUUAUAUAGGCACUAACACAUAAUAAUUUAUUUACUUAUAUGUAUUACCUACUUAAAGUAUUCAAAGCUGCCAUAGUCAACCAAUCAUUAUCUUCGUGGAUCUAAUGUUUUUCGGCUAACGCAAUACAUAAUGUAAAUGCAACAAUACGAUAUUCCUUGUAAAUAUGUACGAUAAAAUAAUGUUAAUUAAGGUACUGCCAACAAUUGAUAUCAAUUAAUAAAUGUAAAUUUAAGAAUGCCAGAGUUUGCGGUUUUACACGAAAUUCGAAUCGCUGCACGCUAUCAGGACCUGACUUAGUUCCGAGUAAUCUAAAUAGGUGAUUCCCACAGUAAUUUGACCGCCGAUACAGUGUAAACAAAUUGUUGUAACUAGUGGCUCUGUGAGCUGAGCCUCAGAACCAUGAAUUUCUGACGUUUUGGAAUACAUUGCUCGAUAGCGUUAACUUCACGGAAAAUUACAUUAUAGGUACAUAUUUAGAAAGAGAAUAGUGUUCAGGUACGUCAUACACCUAAACGCUUAUGCUAUCGAGUAGCGUUUUAUAGAACGUUAAAGACUCAUGGUAUAGCCUCUGCCUCGCGAUGCGCUUAUAAAACGAAAAAGGUGACGUAAAUGCAGUUCAUCGAUUCAAUUAACCACGCUAUUGGCGCUUUAUGAAAAUUAUUGCAUUCUGGAAAAAUCCAAAUCUGUAUUGACAACCAAACAUUUAAUCAUAGAACCCGGGUCACCAAAUUUCACGAGAAUCAGUUAAGAAUUGUGGAAGAGAACUCAAUAGCAAUUGCCCGAUUUAAACCGUAGACUUAUCUCCACUAUCAACCGGAUUUGGCUUCGGUCAACUAGAUGGAAAACACUAAUAAAAUCGAAUACUUACAUAGUUUCAUAAAACGUCAUGUUAAAAUUUUAUCAAAUAUUACUGUGCGAUACCUAUUCACAUUUUAGUAGGUACUUAUUUAGGAUGAGAUCAACAAUCUUUUAUCCCUUUUACACAUAAAUCAACUGCCUAAUUAUGGUAAUUAUCCUGGUAGAAUAGUUACAAGUAUGCUAAAAGGAAAUGAAAUGCGGCGAUAUCCAUAUUAUCCAUGUAUGUAUUUUUGUAUGGCUGCUUCUGAUAUCUACUUAAUUCGGUAACUAUUACUUUUCCUCAUACAUAUUUUAGUGCCGGUACGCAGCAGCGUGUUAACCAAUUGAAUCAUUGUAUGUACCUACUUAUUUUAAGUAAAUUAAUGUUAAAACUUUAAUUUUUAUCUGGUCUUUGCCCAGUAGUGGGAAACAGUAGUUACGACUUUGCGUGCAAUGAAGAAAAGAUGCUAGUGUUAUUUAUAGCUAAAGCCUUUUACUGAUGUCCUUUUGCCAUAAAAUCCACAAUA